GAAAUUUUUAUUUUAUUCUCUUUUUCUCAAUUUUCAGGAAAAGACGUCCACAUGUAAGAAAUCAUGGAUCUGCUGAGCUAUCUGUCUCCAUAUGUGAAGGGACUGCUAAAUAUAUGUGACACUCCAGGGGACUUGACUGAUGUACCUGACAGAUGCUGUUUAAAUGAUGAUGGUAUCCUGGAUAUGGAUUACAUUAAACUGCAAUUUCCUCCAGUUGCAGAAGACACUCCGGAAUAUUUCAUCGAGUGUGUUAAGAAACUGUCCCCUGUAUUCAAGCAGAUUGAAUCAUUGCUGAGAACACUUUCACCUGAUGAAUUCUCUAAGCGUUAUGGAGGACAUAUUGAAUGGACAUGUGAUAAGCAGAAAGUGCUACAAUGUCACUCAUUGCUAUUGAAGCCAGAAAGCUGCAGUGUAUUACCAAUCUUGCUGAACACAUUACUGCUUGAGAGAUCAUUGGGAGAUCUCUACAUGUUGGAGGGGAAACAGUGUCCCUCCAUGUUGAAAGAUCUCCUUGUCACGGCAGAGUUAACACAGUUGCUAGGUGACACUAUGGUCAGACUAUUACGGGUACUACUAGGUCCCCCUAUAUCUCUAAAUCUGCGUAAUGUGGUAUGGCAUGGUUUUGCCGGGCCGUCUGAUAUUCACAAAAGGCAUGGCUAUAUGCUGUUGAUGGUCACGGUGACCAUUGGUUCAAUAUUGGGAGAGAAAGCACUCAGCAUUCCACACAGAGAGUACAUUGACAUAAAAGACUCACAUUAUUUAGCCAUGCCAGGCAUAGAUAAAUUAGAUGAAAUUACCUUCAAAGAAGUUAUUCGCAAUAGUGACUUUAUUCCGCAUAUUAUGAAGACAAAUUGGUUUGAGGCUAUAGCUCAUUUCACAGCACGGAGAUAUGACAACUGUGUUGUGCUACUUGUCCCCUUACUAGAGCACAGUAUGAGAUGUGUCUAUGCCAGUGUUAACAACUGCCCUGAGAGAGUACUAACUGCCGAAUCAGCUGUACACUUUACUACUUUUGACGAGAUACUGAGCCCAGUGUUACAAGACGGGUCCAUAAAUAAACUCAGAGAAUGUCUAGGAGAUGGCUGUUUG